AGUCGCUCCGGAGGAGGCGCGAAUCGCUCAGGGGUUGACUAAUUUGGGGUGGGGGUGCGGUGGGCGAUGGAGCAGCCUGAGGACAUGGCGUCGCUGAGCGAGUUCGACUCCUUGGCGGGCAGCAUCCCGGCCACCAAGGUGGAGAUCACCGUGUCCUGCAGGAACCUCUUGGACAAAGACAUGUUUUCCAAGUCUGACCCACUGUGCGUCAUGUAUACUCAAGGGAUGGAGAACAAGCAAUGGCGGGAGUUCGGGCGCACCGAAGUUAUUGACAACACUCUCAACCCCGAUUUUGUGCGCAAGUUCAUCGUGGAUUACUUUUUCGAGGAGAAGCAGAAUCUCCGUUUUGACCUAUAUGACGUUGACUCCAAGAGUCCUGAUUUAUCCAAACAUGAUUUCCUGGGCCAGGCUUUCUGCACCCUUGGAGAGAUUGUGGGGUCCCCCGGGAGCCGUCUGGAGAAGCCCCUCACGAUAGGAGCAUUCAGCCUGAAUUCCAGGACAGGCAAGCCCAUACCAGCUGUGUCCAACGGAGGUGGUCUUUGGAUGGAAAAUUUGAGAACCACUGGUCUGGAAGCCUCCGGUGGUGUCCCAGGGAAGAAAUGUGGCACCAUCAUCCUGUCUGCGGAGGAGCUCAGCAACUGCAGGGAUGUGGCCACCAUGCAGUUUUGCGCCAACAAGCUGGACAAGAAAGACUUCUUUGGGAAGUCCGACCCCUUCCUUGUGUUCUACAGGAGCAACGAGGAUGGAACGUUCACCAUUUGCCACAAGACUGAGGUCAUGAAGAACACCCUGAACCCAGUCUGGCAAACGUUCUCCAUUCCUGUGAGGGCUCUCUGCAACGGGGACUAUGAUCGGACCAUCAAGGUGGAGGUGUAUGACUGGGAUCGAGACGGCAGCCAUGACUUCAUCGGGGAGUUCACCACCAGCUACCGGGAGCUGGCCCGUGGGCAGAGCCAAUUUAACAUCUACGAGGUGGUAAACCCGAAAAAGAAAAUGAAGAAAAAGAAAUACGUGAAUUCUGGCACUGUCACCCUGCUUUCCUUUGCUGUGGAGUCAGAGUGCACCUUCCUUGACUACAUCAAAGGAGGGACCCAGAUCAACUUCACCGUGGCCAUUGAUUUCACUGCUUCCAAUGGGAAUCCCUCGCAGUCCACAUCCCUGCACUACAUGAGCCCCUACCAGCUGAACGCCUAUGCACUGGCGCUGACCGCCGUUGGGGAGAUCAUCCAGCACUAUGACAGCGACAAGAUGUUCCCCGCCCUUGGCUUUGGUGCCAAGCUGCCCCCAGAUGGCAGGGUGUCCCACGAAUUCCCGCUGAACGGCAACCAGGAGAACCCCUCGUGCUGCGGCAUCGACGGCAUCCUAGAGGCCUACCACCGCAGCCUGCGCACGGUGCAGCUCUAUGGCCCCACCAACUUUGCCCCCGUGGUCACCCACGUGGCCAGGAAUGCUGCGGCCGUGCAGGACGGCUCCCUGUACUCCGUGCUGCUCAUCAUCACGGACGGGGUCAUCUCAGACAUGGCACAGACCAAGGAAGCCAUUGUCAACGCUGCCAAGCUCCCCAUGUCCAUCAUUAUCAUCGGCGUGGGCCAGGCAGAGUUCGACGCCAUGGUGGAACUGGAUGGUGAUGAUGUGCGGAUCUCCUCCCGGGGGAAGCUGGCCGAGCGGGACAUUGUCCAGUUCGUGCCCUUCCGGGACUACGUGGACCGCACGGGCAACCACGUGCUGAGCAUGGCCCGCCUGGCCCGCGACGUGCUGGCGGAGAUCCCUGACCAGCUGGUGUCCUACAUGAAGGCGCAGGGCAUCCGCCCCCGCCCCCCGCCCGCGGCGCCCACACAGUCACCCCCACAGUCCCCGGCCCGCACGCCCCCUGCCUCCCCUCUGCACACGCACAUGUGAACCUCCUGCCGGUCCACAGCAGGCAGGAGGCUGGGGCCCCGGGGAGACCACUAGAGCGGUAGGCAGGUCCCCGGACUCCCUACAGUCGGCUCACCCGGCCUGGCCUUCGGGACAUCUGUGUACCUGGGUGCCGGCAGGGGCUGGGGCCUCCAGAGACCCUUCCUCGAUUUCCUGGCCUCACCUACUGCUCAAUCCCUGAGAGUUGGGGGGUACAGGUGACGGAAGGGUGCACCAAGUUCUGGGCCCCAGGGCUUCUCUUCUUCCCUGACACCUGGUUCUAGCCCCACAAGGAAAGUGUUAACAAUUGGGGUGAUUGGGGCACCCCCCCAGCCCACCUUGGGCGAUCCCGUCUGCUUACCUACUCCCCUGAAGCCCCCCUUCCCCUCCUGUCCUAUCCCCAGCCCCACCCUGUGAUCGACCCUGUGCCCUGUUUCUAGUGAACCCCAGGAGGCGGGUGGGUCUGCGGGAAUGCCUGAACACGUGACCCCUCCUAGGGGCACCGUAUGCAAUGGGAGCCCUGCAGACCUGGGGGACCGCGGGCCAUGUGGUGGGCCUGAAAUGAGGCUUCUCGGCAGAGUCCUUUUUGUGCCCCUCAAGCCCGGUAGGAUGCUGGUCCUAGACACACAGAUCCGCAGGCCUCUCACAGGUGUGGGCCCCCGGGCACGUCCACAGUUGACUCCUGGCUCAGGCGAUGCUUCCGCCCUCCAGAGGCUGCCCGGGGCCUGAUGUGACCACUCUUCUGCCCACCUGGAGGCUGGGGCAGGGAGCAGCUCAGCCCCAUGCUCCCACGCUGUUCUCCUUUGCCCUCUAUCCCAGGAGUCCUGGGUUUGAGCCCUGCCUCCUCUCCCUGCCUACUCUGGCACCCAAGCAAGACUCUCCUGCCUUUUGGGCCUCAGUUUCCACAUCUGUACAGGGAGAGGGUUGACCAGAUGGCCCCAGAUUUUGCUUCAGCUCUGACAUCCCCAGAGUUCCUUCAUCCCAUCCCCAGCUCUGCCCUCCCGCUUCUAGCCAAUGUGACCUAGGCCGUCUUGGCUCUAGGGUCACCCCGAUCUGUCCCUUCAGCUGUCAGCCAUGGGCUCUGGCGUCUGAGCCCAAGCUCCUGUCCCUGCCACGGGGAAGGUGGGAAGAGGGAUCCCACCCCCAGGCCCACCCAGCCGCCCAGCCUUUGCCCCUGCGGGGAGCAGGUCAUGCAUGCCCGUCCCUCCCGCCGCAUGGGGCGCCUCAGCCCGCCAACCUCUCCAUGCCUGGGUGGAGACCAGGCCCCAUCCCAUCUGCUGCCCGACUCCGCUUCCCCCCUGUCAUGCAUGAUGGUGGUGUUUCUAAGGUGUCUGGUCCUGUCUGGUCCUGUGCCCGUCUCUGAGACAGUCUCUGUGUGGAAUUUGCCUUAAACUGAAGUAAAUUUGGUUCUUUUAGUAAAGUA